UAUUGGGCCGAGUCAGUUUCGUGAUCGCGUGUGCGUUUCCGUUCCGAAUGGUUUUGAUCACGCGGUUUCUGCACCUCCAUGUUUUCGCGGAAGAUGGAAGAUAUUUUCGUUGCUACGAACGAGUAGACGAGACGCAACCGCGCGUCGCUUUCGCCGCCUGAUUUUGAACCUCUGGCCGACCAUUUCACCACGCUAGGUAUGAGCUUCAUUCGAGUGAAUGCUUAUUUGUGUGUGAAUCUGUUCGUUGGUGGGAGGAAUGGCGACCCUGGGAAUAGGCGGCAGCAAAUCGGCCUUGUCGGCUGCAAAAUGGCCGGUUAGACUCCGCUACAACGCGUUGAGACGGUGUUUUUGGGUGCUGAAGUCGUCUGUUUUGAUUCCUUCGAGGAUUUAUGGCCGUCUGUUCAAGGCUCAAGUCCGAGCUUCUUCGUCCCGUUCGUCCCCCGUCGUUGAAGCUGAAACAGAUCCUGUUAUUGAUGAGGAGAAGUUGAACAUUCGGAAGAAUAUUUUUGCUUGUCCGAUUUGCUAUGAGCGAGUGAUUUGGAAUGGUGAUCCUGACCUAUCUUUGCGGUCUCUAUCUCGGUCUACCUUGCCAUGUAGCAAUUGCAGGAAGUCAUACACUGGAAAAGAUGUAUAUCUUGAUCUAACAGUAACUGGCGGUGGCAAGGUGUAUGGUGAACCCAUUGCUGCAUCUACUGAGCUUUUCAGGUUGCCUUUGGUAUCAUUUCUCUACGAAAGAGGCUGGCGACAGAGUUUUUCAGUCUGGGGUGGUUUUCCCGGUCCAGAGAAGGAGUUUGAAUUGAUUAAAGAUUACCUCAAACCAGUGUUAGGCGGAAAUAUUAUCGAUGCAAGUUGUGGGAGUGGUAUGUUCUCGAGACUCUUUGCGAAAAGCGGACUAUUCUCCCUUGUGGUUGCCUUGGACUUCUCCGAAACCAUGUUGCAGCAAUGUUACGAUUUCGUUAAGCAGGAAGAUAACUUUCCUGAAGAAAACUUAAUCCUGGUGAGAGCUGACAUCUCCCGCCUCCCGUUUGCUUCAAGUUCCAUAGAUGCCGUACAUGCCGGUGCCGCUUUACACUGUUGGCCUUCACCAUCAGCAGCUGUUGCAGAAAUAAGUCGGGUGCUAAAACCGGGAGGAAUCUUUGUUGCUACAACCUAUAUUUUAGACGGCCUACUUUCAUUCCUCCCUCUACGUCGACCACUACGCCAGAAUGUUGCGCAAAUCUCGGGCAGUCAUGUGUUUAUAUCCGAGGCAGAACUGGAGGAUCUGUGCACAGCUUGCGGGCUUGUAAACUUUACGUGCACCCGGAACAGAAGGUUUGUCAUGAUCUCCGCCAUGAAACCUGUAUAAUCUUUCUGGUACGCCUCUGCUCUCCCCAUUUCCCUUUAAUCUAUAUGGUCUUAUGUGUAAUCAAAAUACUUAAAUUGAAUUUGAAUAUAAAGAACAAGGGGAGGGAGAAUUAUUCAAAUUGUUUCUCA